AUGAUAAAGACAUUAAAACCUGCUGCUGAUAAGGAAGCCAAAGUAUUUGAAAACUUACAGAAACUAGAAUCGAUCUAGAACUAAUAGUAAAAAUCUGAAUUGCACUAGUAGGAGGAAAGACAGUCACAGAUUAAAAUGAAGCGAGAACUAGAUACUCUGGAAAUGAUUAAUAAUCACAAAUCGCUAUUAAAUUGCUAUGACUCUGAUAUGCACCCAGUAUCUAAAAUUCAAACUUUAGCUAAGCUAUCUCAUCUCAUGCCAAAGGAUUUAAAGUAAAAGCAGAAUAUAUUGAAUUCUCCUAAAUUCUUGACAUUAUAUAAGGACAUAAUGACUAUUUAUGAAAAGGCGAGUGAUAGCAAUAAGUUAACUAUAAUGUAUGCUUAUCUUAAGUUAGGGAUAAAUCAAAAAGAGAUAUUUGACAUGACAGCUCAUGCAAUCUUGACUGAUAAGAUGAGAGGGGCUAAUAUAAUAACUAACGCUUUGUAUGUAAUGGCAAAAGGAAAAUAUCUCCUAGAGGAUAAUAAGCUAGCAAAAGAUAAAAAAGAUGUAUUGAUGUCAAAAUGUGCUUCUUUACUUAAAAACCAAGUGGCUUUACCAAUCAAAAUAGCAUGUAGGAAUUUAUGGAACUUUGCAGCUUUAAAGUAUUAUGAUAAGGAGCUAUUUGAUUAAUUCUCUCAAAUCAUUAUUAAAAAUCAGAGUAAUUUGACUGAAACUGAUGUAGCUAAUUCUAUGAACUCAUUUGCUGAAGUUAAACAUGAACACUAUCCAGCUUUAGAGUCACUUAUCAGAAUCACGAUUAGAGACUGUGAAACCUAUAAUCAUUAAUCCUUGGCUGUAAUCUUGAACGCAUUAGCAAAAUUAGAGAUUAAGAAUAUGACAAUUUUCAACAUAGUCAGGGCAUUGUUAUUGAGAUAAGCACAUCCUGAGAGCACAAACUAAACUUUCCACACUAUAACUACUGUUGACUGUGCUUAAUUUAUGACAGCCUUCGCUAAAGUUGAGAUCUUUGACUUUGAGCUGUUUGAAUCAUUAGAGAGCGUAUUCUUGAGUUAAAUAGAUUAAGCUAGAGGAGAGACUCUCGUUACAAUGUAUCUAUCACACGGCGCCUUAAGCUAAGACAUGAUAAAAUAAUGCUUUAUUGAAAAGAGGUAAAAGAGAAGAUUUUGGAAUCUAUACAAGAAGUACAAUGAAGAAUUUCAGGGUCAACUCAUAAAGGCUUUAAUAAACAGGAUUGAAGAUAUCAAUAUCAAGGGUGUAUUCCUGAUUAUGGCUCAUGGCAAUGUAGCUCACUUGAAGAAGAGAGAUAACAUUAGAUUGAUGAAUAAAUUCAACCUUAAAGCAACACAAAUUCUAGGGGAAGAGGUAGCUAGACUAGAAGGCCAUCCGGAUAAAUAGAGAAUGCUAGUCAUGAGUUUCCACGAGUAUGCUAUUAAAUACUGCCUUAACGUUCAGGAAAGAACAGACCUCAAGUAAAUGAUAAACCAACAAACUAAGCUUAAUAUUGAUGAGUUUAUUGAUUUCUACUAAGAUACAUCGCUUAAGCCAUCUAGCUCGGAUCAAGUUAAAGCAGAUGCAGCUGUCUCUGAAAUACUGAAGAUAAAAACUGCAGAAAAGGAAUAGUUUGCUGAAAUCAAUAGACUAAGAAAAGAAGCUGAAAUGCUAGAUGAAUUGGAGGAAUUUGAAGAUGAAGAAGAAGAUGAAGAUAAUGAAGCAGCUUCUAAAAAGGAGGAUGAGGAUGAAAAAUUAGACAUGGAAUUAUUAAAGAAACUAGCCAAGGAGUAGCUGAAUCAAAGUGGCUUGGAUGACAGUUAAGCUGAUAAGAAAUAACAAGAAUCUCUAUAGAAUGAUUCUAAAAAAUCUUUGAAAUUCGAUGAACAUGAGAAUUGA